UGCAGCUCAGAGAUCAACAGCCUCCAGACUGUGGUCACAGACCAUCAUCCAACAACCAUCCAGACUACCUGCUGAUCAGCUCCACCAGCCUCACCUUUCUGGACCAGUAUCCAGCUCUCCAAGCCUCUUCCCAGUCAUGGCGUCUCCACGGUGGUCUACCUCCAUGCUGUUGGCUUCACUGAUCCUUCUUCUUUACUGGUCGACCUCCUCUGCUCAGUCACAUGACUUCACCUCCACCGAUCUCUCAGCCCUCGACAGGUUCAAGAGAAUCCUGCCUGAAGACACCAAAGACAAAACAGAAAAAGCCCUAAAUGUUGUAAAAGAUCUAACUGUAAUGAAAGAUGUGGUGGAUUACAUUGAAACUAACAAAAUAGCAGAUGUGUUGAAGGGGAUCUCUGGCUUUGCCAGCUUGGCGCCCGUCAUCGGAGGUCUUGUCUCUUCAAUCAUUAUGUUGGUCUUGGUUUUUAUCCCUCAGCGUGACCCGUUGAAGGAAGGGUUUGCUGAGGUGAACAGGAAACUGGACCUUCUUUCCAUCCAGAUCUCCAACCUGGCAACAGAUGUAGAAUGGUUCAGCUACGCCAGCGUCUAUUCUCAAGAUGAGGUCCGCAUCCUCAACGCCUGGAAGAAGUUAACAGAGUUCCGUGAGAACAGUGGGUUGGUAAAAACUGCUGAAGACAGACUGCGACUGGCAGAGAUAUUCACCAACUACUAUGAGAACACAGCAGUUGAGGCCAGUGUGGCCAACCUCUACCAUUACCUGACAGUCAGCAGCACGUCUCUCAGUGGAAACCUCAACGACCUGCUGAGGAAGAAGUUUAAAUGUAACAUUGGUGAGAUCGGUAAAUUUAACAUAUAUUUCAGCAGCUUGCUGUGGAGGGGGAUGGUACUCAACCAGCUCUACUGGAAUCUGAUUGGAUUUAACCCAUCAGACAAAGAAGCUGAACAAACCAAGAUGUUCAAGACCGUCUCCAAGGCUCAGAUAUCAGCUGUAAAAUUCUGCCUGGACAACUAUAAGGAGUACAUGGAGAAGGAUGUGGAGGAGAUCAGCAAAGCAAUGAAUCCUGACAACAAACAAGCUGUCGCAGAUCAGGUGAAAAAGGCUCUGGACAAGAAAUAUAACUGGUAUAACUGGGUGGUGCUGGUACACGACACAGGCAAGGAUAAAAAGCACAUCUUUUAUAAUAUGCAGGAUAUCCCUGUUGGUAAAAUCACUGUGGCUGUGGGCUACACUCAGAAAACAAAGGAAGAAAAAAAAGAAGAAGUAAUAAAAGAGUUGAGCUCGUGUUACAUGCAACCACAACCACAUCAAAUAUCCAAAAAACUAACCGAGCAGAUGGUUGAGACACCGUGUGAUAAUAUCGCACAGGAAAUACCACGAUGUAGUCGAAAGGUUGGUGAUGCUCCUGUGAGCCAGUUUGUUAAAGUGAUGCACGCCAGCUAUAAAGGGAAAAUUGCUAAAGUCCCAGAUGCUCUGCAGUCUUCCACUUGUCUUUCUAGCAACAUCAUACCAAAGAUAGGUGAGAUCCACAUCUAUUACUCCAGAACCUUACCCCUCUGCACUCCUAAUCCCUGUAAGAACAACGGAAAGUGUGAGAAGCUGCUGGACUCGAAUGAAUGGCUGUGUAACUGCCCAGAUGGUUUCUAUGGAGACAAAUGUGAAAACAUAUUUAAAAUCAACAAGACUCCAGUGGCUGAUAUAAACCAUCCUGUGCCUGACAUCAGCACCAUUGACAACAAACUGGUCAAGAUGGAGUCCAAACUGGAGGAGGUUCUCAAAACUAUCAAAGAGCAACGUCCCCGUCAGUAGAAGAUAAACCUCAAAAACCAACCACCCAUCAAGUGAUUGAGCACCUGACAACAGCACUAAACAGUCCAAAUAUUAUCUCCGGACAACCUGCAAAUGAAGAUGGAAGCAACUGAACAUCUUCAGUUCAGUGACAUGACUGACACAUGAGAUUCACUAGAGCUGAAAAUCUGAGACUCAAGUCCUGAAGUUUCCUUUUAGCCUUGUGAGUGUUACAUUUCUUGUACAAAGAUCCAGAUGUUGUGAAUACAACUUAUUUUAACAAAAUCCAAAUCUAGCUUACAAAAAUUCAUCUUUUCAAAACAACAUGUUUUGUAUGAACAUGAUCUACGUUGUGCACAACGAUCUCAUGCAAACAUCCUUUAUAAAAUCAAUUUAAACUGCAACAAGUGAUUAUCUUGGAUCCAUAUGUUGUGAGUUUUUUUGAGAAUUGUCCAGUUAAAUCUUUGCAGCUGCAACACAACAACAUGUGGAAUGAUCUGCUGUGUGUUCAGAAAGUUGAGCCAAAGGAAGAACUUAUUACUCAGUGUGGUGACGAUGUUAGAUUGUUUACAUGUUUCACCCUCAGGAGUUUAAAAAAGGCGGUAAAAAGGAUCAGCUCUGACUUUACAAAACAUCAAAAUACUAAACUAGAAUUGUUGCAAAGUUAACAAACCUUAAAAUAACCUGUCCUCAUUGGAAAAAUAACAUAUGUAUACAAGAGAAUCAUUUUCACACAAAAAUCAAAUGGAUUUUUUUUCUGGGAUGAGCAGACUCUAACUUUAACUCACCUGGGAAAGUUAGAGUUUGUGUGGUCAUCAGGUUGUAAAUGUGGAACCAGAGAAAGCUCAGACUCAUCUGAAAAUCAAUAUGUGGAUUAAUAACUGAAUAAAACAUCAAUAAAUCAGUUAUAAUUACAGUCAAUCACAAAUCAUCAUCAUCUUUAUGUGCUUCACCUCUUUGCUCUUGUCUGUGAUUGUAAAAGGAAGCAGAUGUCAUGUUAUUAAAAAUCAUCUCCAGCUUCA